AUGUCUUCUGAACACAACAACGCAGUCGAAGUGGCACAGAUCCUCGAUUCGUCACUUUCUAGCAGGGCCAGGGUCGCUACUGAUGCCUCAUCAGCGGAUUUCAAAAAAUUGUUGAUCAGAUGGAGCGACGUAAAUAUUCAAGUGCCGUCUGCAAUCAUCCAACCUAAUUGCGAGGAGGACAUCAUUCAGAUCGUCAAACAUGCAGUCAAACACAACAUCCCUUUCAUCGCGAAAGGCGGUGGCCACAGCAAUUGGUCAACAAUUGGAUCUGGGGGUUGGAUCAUCGAUUUAUCACUUCUUCGAUCGCUCAAUAUCAACACCAGCGCUCAGACUGCCACAAUCCAGGCAGGUGUUCUCACAAAAUCCAUCAACGAAGCUGUCACCCACGCCGGAUUCAUGAUUCACACUGCUAAUGCGGCAAACGUGGGUCAUAUUGGCUUCCUACUUGGUGGAGGAUCCUCUGUAUUGCUGGGUAUGCACGGUCUGGCUAUUGAUGCUUUGAUCAGUGCUCGCGUCGUAACUUCCACUGGACGAGUCGUCACUGCCUCAGCAAGUGAAAACGUGGAUCUAUUCUGGGCACUGAAAGGUGCUGGGCAGUACUUAGGAAUCGUGUCGGAAGUCACUGUUAAGAUCUUCCCCAAGACAACCGGUAUUAUUUCCUGGGCUUGUAUUUUUGGACCUCAUCAGGUGAAGGAAGUCUCAAAAGCUUUGAAAGAGGUGAUUGAUGCUGGUGAUGAGAAAUCAUUCGGAAUGGCCAUGAUUACCCUUCCACCAGCUCUACCUGGUUCAACAAAUCCUGUAAUCGUCGUCAGCAUCACCCAUUUCCGUUCCGAGGCGGAAGCCGAAAAGAUCAUGCAGCUCCUAACGAGCAUCAAUCCUGUGGCGCAAAUGAAGAGAGCAAUCGAAUUCUCCAACCUCACUGACUCAGCUGACAAGAUCGAUAAGAAAGGAGGAUUCAAAUCCAAUAUCUCAUGCGGCUUGAAGACAUUCGAGCCAGAAGUCCUUCAGAAUGCCCUUGCCUCUUGGACUGGACUUGUGGAUGGGCAUCCUGACGCUGCAUCGACUUUCUUCAUGUUUAUCUGGGCCUCGAAAGAGGGAAUGGAGAAAUUCGGAGACGAAAGCUCCGCUUACAGCCACAGGGAUAUUGGAAGCUGGUGUUUCUUAUGGCCUUCAUCAAUUACAGAGCAGUCUUUCGGGGCUGCGGUGCAAGUUUCAGAAGAGUUUGUAGCCUCGAUUCAAACUGGCCAGGAAGAGCUAGACAAAGCAAUCUUUCCAAAUCAUUCGCGAGAGAAAAGUGUCGAGCAGAGAUAUCGUGGCGAGAAGACGAGAAGAAAGCUGGGAGAAGUGAAGAGAAUUUGGGAUCCAGAGGGGAGAUUUACAAGUCAGUUUCUCUAG